AGAAGCCGCCUCACAGCCUAAACUUCCGGUCUUCUUUCCUCUCUGCGCGUUGAGUGGCACCUCUAUGGUCAAGCAAACACACACACACACCACGCUUCCCUAUUUUGAGCUGGUCAACGGCUGAGCGGAUGUGCCCGCAAGGACCCCCAUUCUCUUCAGAUUCCUCGUUCGCGACGGUGAUGUGUCGUGACGUCAUCGUGGAAGGGAAGAGCAGAGGUGCCGUUGCCGGAUGUGACGGCGGCAGGAGGGUCUUCCGCCCCGAGGCUGCAGAGCUGGCCAGACGCGGGGCUGGCUGUCAUUUUUUAAGAAAGGAGGAAGAUGGAAAGUAAUGCCGUUCUUCUGGAAUCGAAAUCCUCGCCCAUCAACCUUUUGAACGAAAUGCACCAGCUGCGUCUCCUGGGCCACCUCUGUGAUGUGACUGUGAGUGUGGAGUAUCAAGGGGUAAGGGCUGAGUUUGUGGCUCAUAAGGCCGUGCUGGCAGCGACGAGCAAGUUUUUCAAAGAGGUCUUUCUGAACGAAAAGAGCAUGGAAGGACCGAGGACGAAUGUCUUCUUGAACGAGGUCCAGGUGGCUGACUUUGCAUCUUUCCUGGAGUUUGUCUAUACUGCCAGGGUGGAAGUUGAAGAAGAUCGGGUGCAGCGUAUGCUGGAGAUUGCCGAGAAGCUCAAGUGCUUGGAUUUGUCGGAGACCUGCUUUCAGCUCAAGAAGCAGAUGCUCGAAUCGGUGUUGUUGGAGCUGCAGAAUUUUUCUGACUCGCAAGAUGCUGAAGAGGUCAGCAGAUCCCAGCAAAGCAGUCAGCUUGAACCCAAGGCGAUUCUGGAAGAGCAAGGGGACAGCGCAGACUGCUUUGCGAACUCCCCUCUUGGAAGGCCAAGGGAUGGAGAAGGCCUCGAGGCGCCCGCUGCAAAACUCAAGGAGAAAUUAGACCAGAAGAAAGAAGCCCUGAAGACCCCCUGUGCCAAAAUCAGGAGGGCCAGCGGACGGCUGGCUGGCAGAAAAGUGUUUGUGGAAAUACCUAAGAAAAAAUACACCCGGCGCCUGCGUGAACAGCAGAAGUAUGAGGCAGCUGCCGCUGAGGCAAGCCUGCUGUCCAAAGACCCCAGUGUACACGAGAAAGUGCGGGAAGAAGAGGAAGACGAGGAGGAGGAAGAGGAAGAAGAAAGAGCAGCAGGCAGCUUGAAGCUCGAAAACAAAGGGUGCGCCGGCCCUGGCGAACUGGAGGCCAACUCAAACAAAUCCGAGGACGACAAAAAGAACCGCGGCGGCAACUUCACGUGCAGCACCUGCGAGAGAGAGUUCUUCUACCAGAAGAGCUUCCUGAAGCACAUCCGGCACAGCCACGGCAUCGCAGCCGAAAUAGUUUACCGCUGCGAGACCUGCGGGCAGACCUUUGCCAACCGCUGCAACCUGAAGAGCCACCAGCGCCACGUCCACAGCAGCGAACGCCGCUUCCCUUGCGAGCUCUGCGGCAAGAAGUUCAAGAGGAAGAAGGACGUCAAGAGGCACAUGCUGCAGGUCCACGAGGGUGGGGGGGAGCGUCACCACUGCCUCCAGUGCGGAAAGGGGCUGAGCUCCAAAACGGCCCUCCGGCUCCAUGAAAGGACGCACACAGGUGACAAGCCUUAUGGGUGCACAGAGUGUGUGGCUAAGUUUUCUCAGCCCUCGGCACUUAAAACCCACAUGAGAAUCCACACCGGUGAAAAGCCUUUUGUUUGUAGCGAUUGUGGAGCGAGGUUCACACAGAAUCACAUGCUUAUAUAUCAUAAAAGAUGCCAUACAGGAGAACGACCUUUCAUGUGUGAAACGUGCGGGAAGAGUUUUGCCUCAAAGGAGUAUCUGAAGCACCACAAUCGAAUCCACACCGGGUCCAAGCCUUUUAAAUGUGACGUCUGCUUCCGAACGUUUGCACAGAGGAAUUCGCUGUAUCAGCACAUUAAAGUUCAUACAGGUGAGCGUCCUUACUGUUGCGAUCAAUGCGGCAAACAGUUCACCCAGCUCAAUGCCCUGCAGCGACACCAUCGGAUUCACACAGGGGAGAAGCCGUUCAUGUGCAACGCUUGUGGUCGGACGUUUACAGACAAGUCUACUCUCCGGAGACACACCUCGAUUCACGAUAAAAACACACCCUGGAAGUCUUUCCUUGUCAUCGUCGGAGCCUCCAAGAACGACGACAACCAGAAGACCGAGCUGCCCGAUGAAGAAUACGACGUGGCGCGCUCUAAAAUAUCGCAGAAGCUCCUGUCUUUCCCAGAAAACGGGCACUAUCAGAACCUCACUGCUAUUCAAGGGAACAUGACCGCUCUGCACGAGAAUGGCUCUCCCACGGUAACAGACUGCAAAUCAGCGGGGUCCCAAGAAGCCCCACUGGGUACCACUUUGCAUGAUCUCACAGUAUUGCACACCGCAACAGACUCUCUGCAGCCACCUCUUCACACUUUAGUGAACAUCGAAUAGCAUCACCUUCUUGGCACAAAAUCUGAGCCAGGAAUAGGUCUGUCUUAUCAUGUAGACUCUGCUUACCACCCGUGGUCUGUUCUGGAACUGAACCAAACUAGCGCUCUGGAAUGCCUCUCACUGCAGAGUUCUGUCUACUUGUUCUAAUUCUUCAGGAUACAAUUACUCUCUUGUUCUUGUCUGUAUAAUUUAAAAGUUCUCGUGCACCCCGGAAAGCCGUAGGACAAGCAAAGGGAUUAUCCAUGGUUCUGAUCCCUAUUUCCACCUUCCUUAUAUUUGGCACCGUGGUUUCUUGGCUAUGGAUAGAAUGAAGGGUGUCCUGUUUUUCAGUGAUCCCCUGCUUGUCUGGUUCACAUGGGUACUGCAUUCGUAUGUCACUUCCUAUGCAUUCGUAUGCAAAUAACAUGUGAAAUCCUGCAGCACAGUCUUUUUCUGGACUCCCAAAUCCAAUGCAAUUUGAAUGUCCUUUUUAUAUUAAAGAAAACAUAACCCGCUUUAUUAAACCGGUGGUGGGAAUUUCUAAAGCUGUUUUUCCAAACAGGGCUGCUUUGGGGAAAUGUUUUGAAGAACACUUCUUUUUGCCAAUGAGAUGACGCUACAUUGCCCUAGUAAAACCCACACCAACACUCUGCUGUCACACUUGACAAUUCCAGUAGUUUGGUGAGGAUUACGGAGUCACAUGACCGAAUUCUGUCCAGAGUAGCCAGGGGAAUUCUCUGAGCGUUUCACUGCAUUGUUGAGCAUUCCUCCAGAGCAAGGGUCUGCAACCUGCAGCUCUCCAGAUGUUCAUGGGCUACACUGGCCAUGGUGGCAGGGGCUGAUGGGAAUUGUAGUCCACGAACAUCUGGAGAGCUGCAGGUUGCAGCAGACCCCUGCUCCAGAGUCAUGGGCUCACUGCAAGCAUCGCCCCUCUCCUGCUCUCUCUUCCUGGUCCCCACUAUUCUUCUGGCACAACUGUGAUGUGUUAGUAAUGUUGUUUCCUGCCACUUCAGGUACAGGCAAUGAAAAGGAUGUUCACAGGCAAUGGGGUGGGAUCCACACUAAAUUUUCCCUCAGUGGAACAGAAUAUUCCUGCCUUUCCUGUCCCACGGCAGGCCACUGAUUGCCACAAAAUGCUGCUGCAGAAAGGUGGUUUUUUUUAAAUGUAAGUUGCCAGUUUAGUCUGGAUCCAACCCAAUGUGCUUCUGACCUGUUCUCUGUCCCACAAGCAUAGUUCUGAAUUUCUCACUUCAGUGCCCCCACUUCUGUGGAUCAAGCACAUGGCCAUGAGAUAGACCAGUCUGUGUAAUUUUGUUGACAGGCUAGUUGUAGAGUUUGGAACUAACUGAAAUUCGGUCGAGUCGCCAGCACAUCUGGGAAUAAGUCUUUUACAGUUUCACGCAGAUCUGAGUGAACGCUGUUUUACACAAUUGAUACAAAUGUUCUCAAUUCAGACUUCUGGCUGCGACUUGAAUUUUUCUGGGCACCCGUUUAUCUCCGCUAAUGUUUGUAUCAAAGGCUACAAAACCUCUUGGAGAAUUCACAUGGCAGCCCUGACUGGCAUUCCAAAUACUGCUUAACCGGAAGACAGAGCAAUGGACAUCUCCAUCUAACAUUUCACAAAAUGGGUGUGCGAAAAACUUGUUGCUUCAUUGAACUGCGGCUGAGCUAGGAAACGAGGCCGUGCAAUACAACCAAGGCAAACCGGUUGCCAACAUUUCAGUGAAUUCCACAAUCUCACGAGAAAAUAUUGUUUUCCUUCAUCGUAGCAGUUACGGGAGUGAAGGAUUAUUUUGUAUUUGCUAUUAAUAUAACAAUACUGUGCCUUUUUAUUUUUGAAUUCAGAAAAAAAAAAGUUGAAGUGCCAAAUCAAAAGCAUGGUGAAAUCUGACUUUCCAUUCCAUUCCAACCAGACUCCCAACUUGCUAGUAUAAUUGUUAAGAGCAAUCCCUUCCUUAAUUUUAUACACCACAUUAAGUAUUACUCAUGAGAGCUCAUGGGGUCUGGUUUCAUCCAGCUACCCUUGACGUCUGAACACAGACAAUGCGAUGGAAGCUCAGUGUUUUUGCCUGGGACAGUGUUAUAAUGGAAGAGAGAAUGUUACAACAGCAGGAAUGUUAAGAGUCCUUUUUGAAACAUACUGUUUCUUUCUGCCUUUGCUACUGUGCUGAAGACUUGAGCUGUCUUCGCUUUUUCUGCCAUGCUGCAGUUUUCUUUGGUUUUCCUUUAAAAAGGGGGGGGGGGCAGAUAUUUUGAUUCAGGACUUUGCUGAAGACGUGGUGUUGAUUAUAAUCUCAUGCUUAAUUAAACAGAGCCCAUGUAAAAGUCACAAGGGGGCUUUGCAUUUCCAUCUCUGGCUGAUUUAAGUGGCUAAUCGUGACAGUGUUCUAAGAGAGAGAGGCAGAAACUAUUAACACCGUCAUGCUGUUUCUACAGGCGUUCUGUUCACAGGGACGGUAUAUGAGAGCAAGUUGUUUUCUGAAGGCUGUGUUGGGUUCUGUCUCAUUUAGCAUUAGGUAUUAUUCAGGGUUUAAUUAUCCCUCUGGAGGAUCCAGCCCGCGAUUUUUUUCUUUUUUGGUUUUGACAGUUCUGCUCUGAAUUCAUUUGGCCAAGCUUAGUUUUUUGUUUUUUUCUAGUUGUCAUCUUCACCCCUUAGGCUAUGGACCACUUAGAAAUAUCCCUAGCCAACCCCAAGUAGCACAAAGAUCUACGAUUCUACUCUUUUUAUUUGCUGAAAGACGAAGCAAUAAAAGGUCAAUGGUGUGAGGGUUUGUUUUGCUUUUGGUAAACCCCUUUAAUUCCUUGUGUUUUUGUUCAAUCCAUUAAAAGGGACGUUCUUAGGGGGGAAAAAAGUGAACUUCCAAGAGGUUAUAUUUAAAAUAUUUAUUUUGUAAGCCAUGUGCUCCUUUUUGGACUAUGGAAUUUUAAGUGCAAAGGAUUUGUAGUGAAUAUUUAAAUCUUUUAUUGUUGGUAUUUUGAGAUAGGGAAUUUUUUUAAUGUACUCCAUGAAGAAGUGGGUUUGACUUGUAUAAACUGGUAAGCCCUAUUAAAAGGAUUUAAAAUA